CCCCCGGCGGCCUGCGCCCGGGCCGGGCUGCGGGGAGCCGCGCUGGUGGACAUCCGCCUGGUGAGCGCCAAGACCGGCUACGGCGUGGAGGGGCUGGUCAGCCGGCUGCAGCGCUCCUGGAAGUGUGCCGGCGAUGUCUACCUGCUGGGCGCCACCAACUCCGGCAAGUCCACGCUCUUCAACACCCUGCUGCGCUCCGACUACUGCAAGUCCCGCGCCCCCGACAUCGUUGACAGGGCCACCGUGUCCCCGUGGCCAGGAACAACACUGAACCUGUUGAAAUUUCCAAUUAUUAACCCCACGUGUGACAGGAUAUUCCGAAGGCAGGAGAGACUAAAAGAAGAGGCAACAAAAACAGAAGAUCAACUAAGCACUGAAGAAAAAAAGUACCUUAAUCAGCUUAAAAAGCAAGGUUACCUAGUAGGAAGAGUUGGAAGAACAUUUCAACAGCAGGAUUCUAGCACUGAGAUUGACUUUGACCCUGACCUGCUCUCCUACAGCAUGGAUGAAGAUCCUAGAGAUCCCCCUAAGAAGCAUGAGGAAAGGGAAGAGUUCACUCACAACGAAGUGAAGGAUGCUCGGUGGUGUUUUGACACUCCAGGAAUUGUAAAGGAAGACUGUGUUUUGAAUCUCCUAACAGAGAAGGAAGUAAAGCUGGUUUUGCCAUCACAUGCAAUUGUCCCACGGACCUUCAUUCUCAAGCCAGGAAUGGUCUUGUUUUUAGCAGCCUUGGGACGUAUAGACUACUUAGAGGGAGAAAAGCCUGCCUGGUUUUCUGUCUUGGCUUCCAACCUCUUGCCAGUCCAUGUUACUACACUGGGUAAUGCAGACGCCCUCUAUGAGAAGCAUGCAGGCAAAGAGUUCCUAAAGGUUCCCAUGGGUGGGGAAGAGAGAAUGAAAGAGUUCCCCCCACUUGUUCCUCAGGACAUUACACUGAGAGGAAUUGGUACCACUGAGGCAGUUGCAGAUAUCAAGCUUUCUUCUGCAGGCUGGGUGGCAGUGACGGCUCACGCGGAAGAGGAGUUGCUGCUCCGAGCCUACACUCCCAAGGGCACUGCCCUGGUGGUGAGGGAGCCUCCCCUUUUGCCUUACAUCAGUGCCAUCAGAGGGGCCAGGAUCCCAGGCACUCCUGCCUACAGGACCAAAAAGCCUCCUUCCUUUGUGGAGAACCUAAGAACCACGGGAAGCAGAUAGCGCUUCUCGUCAUCCGAGCAAGGCAGACGACAACAGCCCACGGAGAGCCUUGUGGCUUACUGGUAUUCAGAGAAUGUUGGACUCAUUUUGAAAGGCCAGCAGGCACAUUUUGGAAAGCAGGUCUGGGGAGCAGCUCCACAAGUCCACAUCUGAUCCAGCUGCUGAACUGCAGCCAUUUUGAAUGAACUGAGGGGCUGGGACCGUGCUGUUGGGGGGAAGCAGCUUCUCCUUGGGAUCUGCAUUGACAGGCAGAUCCCUUUACCUAUCCCCUCUUGAAGUACAGGGUGGAAACUCACCUGCCUGACCUGGUCUGACUUUGCUGCUCAUAGGGAAGGUGGUUUCUUGCAGGCAUGCUCCCUCAUGUCAGAAAUCAUCACCUCGUUAUUAAGGUGUUUCCAUUGGUAGGUGUUGGAGGGAGUUGCAAGGAGCAGGGAAUGCCCCAGUGUGGGUAUGGUCCUCCUAGGGGCUGAUACUGAUUCAACAACAUCGACCAAAAGUUGUGUCCUUUCUCUCCUUCAGCAUCUGGAGCAGAUUACAGUGUACAGUAUCCUGUUUUUGGAUGCAGGAAAACUGAUUUAAUGAAAAGCAAGUCUGCUUAUGUGCCUGAAGAGGAAAGUUUUGCAGUUCACUGCUUUGAUUUGGUUUCUGUAGCUUGGGUACAGGUUUUUGAAACCAAGGGUAUAGAAUAAAACUUUUCAAAGACACUCUUUUGUUGACCUUGUUAACAAAGCACUCCUCGUGUGGGCAUAAGCAUCUUGCUAAACACAUGAAAGGUCCAGUGCAAUAAUAAACAUGCUCAAUCUGCCAGACAGGCAGACUGAGAGACACAUGGCCAGCCAGUCUGCUUGAAAAAGAAGGCAAAACACAGAGUAUCUUCUAAUCUCCAUACCAUUUCACUGAUGUUUUUCUCAUCAGUCUGUUGGUCCCCAGAGGUGGCUCUGCUGUCCUUGGGUCCUUGGCCGUGUCCUGAAGAAGCCUGGGUGAUCAGCAGAAAUCAUUGGCUCAUUCAGCAUCCUCUUCUCAGCAUUGUUGCCUGUGGGAUGUAUUGGCAUUCCUUUAGGGAAACCUGUCCCUUUGCUCUGCUCUUUGUUUCCCCCCGUUUUUAGCCCAGACCCACUACGUGGGUCUGUCUGCAGCCCCUGCUUGCUUAGAGCUGCUCUCAUCCCCCAUGUAAGGCUGCCAGGAUCUCCUGUGAUCUGCUUUCCAUGCUCUGCCACUUCCUUCCCCUCACCCUGCCCUGCCGCCUCCUUCCCUGCUUCCCACCCUGGGAUCUGGUGAGAUGGGGUGGGGCCACGGUGGGUUUGAGAAGCACUGGGUGCCGUGGGGUUUGAAGUUUGGCUCUGCCUUGAGGGAAUUCCCUGUCCUUGCUGGCAGCUGCCCAGUUCACCCUGUGUAGAAAAUCAGUUGUUCUUUGUGAAGGUCAAUCUGCUGUCAGUGAACACAGGGAAUGUGGUUCGUGUGUGUUCAGUCUGUGUCUAGACUAGAGUUCCUCCUGUACAUUAGACAAAAUAUGUAGACCCUCACCUUGACUUCUCAGGAAGUCUUUUCUAGCUCUUUCUAGAAGAAAAAACCUAUGGCAGCAUGUUCCUCACUGCUCAGGCUGUGACUCACACAGCUCCCUUGUUUUCCUUCUGUUUCUCUGUUGUGAAAGCCAGCACAUGUGUGGCCACUCUUUGGGUGUGCUUGGCAAACAUCAGAGCGCAGGCAGCAAG